AAAAAAAGUAUAAUAAUAUAUAGGGAACAAGUCACAAGAUUUGAAGUUAUAACAGUUAAAUUAAUAAAACGUAUUAGUUUUACAAAAUAUAAAUAAUAUAUAUAUUUUUUUAUGUUUUGUUGUCACUACCCAGUACCCACUAUAAAUUUCCGUAGCGGAAUUGACUGCAUUUAUAAAAAGUGUGAUAUGAUAAUCAAUUACUAAUUUUUAAUUUUAAUAAAUUUCUCAAAUACUACCUUACCUAAACUCGAAGCCGUGUCGUAGUCGCGGAAUAAGUUAUUAUUUUCACACAAUGCAAAAAAUAAGCAAGGUCCAGUUUCAUGACAAUCACUUAAUUGAUGAUUAUAUUCUUGAGAAUUCAGUGCUCUCAAGUAAAUUACAAAGUAAAGUAGAUGCUCUUGCUAUAAUGAGUAAAGAACUUGACAAAUGUAGUAUGGAGCGUGACAGGUAUAAAAGUUUAGUUGAACAGAUGAAUAACAAGAAUAGUAUUAAUGAAGAGAAUAAUAUGAAUUGCGUAUACAAAUAUGCACCAACAAAUAUGAUCAGUGGCGGUGAAAUACUUGCUAAGGCAAAGGAACAUAAUAACACACUAAAACUAGAGGUUGAAAAGUUGAAAAGUAAGCUAGAAGAGGCCAAUGGUGAUAUAUCAGCACUUAGAAUCCAACUUAAGAAGACUGUCAGUGAUUUGCCUCUAAAAAACAAUUCAUCUUAUAUGAACAAUAAUAUAGAUUAUGAACAAUUAGUACAAGAUUUGGAGAGGAUUCAAAAGAAAUAUAGACAAAUUCAAAUGGACUACAGAGCGACAUUAGAUGAAAAAGAAGAGUUGGUAUUGGACCGCGAUUAUUAUAAAAAUAAAGUGCAGAAACUUAAUCAUCAGAUAGGUUUCUUAUUAGCAAAUAAAAUGAACAAUUCUGGAGAUGGGGAUGUGAAGCCAAUGGUAGAUUUUAAUACUCUGGUCACUGAAAAUAAGUAUCUUAACGAGAGGGUCACUCAGUUGCAAGUUGAGAAAGAGAUAUUGAAGCGAAAUUUUAAUAAAUUAAAGAUGUUACUUGAAAACAGAGCAAAAAAUGUACCUACAAAAGAUAAGAAAAGUUUUGGGGGUGUGAUGACACGUAAACAAGUUCGCGAAUAUCUGAGUUUAAAUUUUAAAGGAUUAAAGAAGAACUCGAUAUCUGAAUUGAAGUCAAUAUGCCUGGGUCUUAUUGAUGCCUUACAUGAUAAGUCGGUGGCUCUGCAACAUCAAAGGAAAACAAACAUGAUACUAGCGAACCGCAUAACAGAUCUAGAGAAAACAAUGGAAAGUUGGUGUACGGGACAGAGCUGCGUUCCUAUAUUUCCAUCGCAAAUGCUUCUCGAUGAAAUUCUCGGUGAUACGUCCUCAGUGAAGUCCGAAGACACUAAAGAAAGGAACGAGAAUGAAGAAAAGGAAAUAAACAAUGAUAAUUAUUUGGAUAGUGACGAAGAGAAACCGUCCUCUAAUGAUACCAAUGUGGGUGAGGAUAAAAACACAACGAAAGUGGUCCUUCCAGAAGAACUGCAGCAGUUGGUAACUGAAGCUCUUAAAGAAAUCAAAUGUAUAUAAUAUAACUAUUAUUGUUAGUAGGUAGGUCUUCUUCUUGGUCGCGUUCUUCAUUUCUGAAGGUUUUGUCCGCUCAUUCAAGGUUUUCGUAACGUUGGUCACUAAAGGCUUCUCCUCUCGGUCCUCGGCCUUCCUUAUUGUGGUCGUAAGUGGUAGGCCAGUGAGUGUCUUGAUCUGGUCCGACCAGCGGCUGGGUGAUCGUCCGCGUGGUCUUUUGCCCUCCACCUUGCUUAUGACUAUCAGUUUAUCUAAAUUACUGGGAAGGCGUCGGGCAAUUUGACCAAAAUACCCCAAGCAAGUUGCUCCUUUAUAGACUUGUUUGUUCUCUCAGCUGUCCACGGUAUGCGAAGUAUCCUUCUCCAACAUCACAUCGCAAACGUAUCUAUCAAUCUUUUUCCUCUCUGCCGCUCGAAUCCUCCACGCUUCAGAGCCAUAGAGAUAUAGAGUAGGUAGGUAAUUUUAAAUUAUGUACUUAAAUAUUGAUUGUUCUAGUCUGAAUUUACCAAAGAAUAUAACUAAUUAUAUUAAAAUAAUAUGAAUGUAUUUUUUUUUAUAGGUAAUGUAUAAUAUGUAUAUUUUUUAAAGUUGAUUUUUGUGGGAACUCCAUAAUUUCCACAAUUCUUCAUUAAUUUUUUUUGUAAUUUUUCAAAACCAUUUAAAAGCCUAUGUUUUCGGCUAUUGAUGAACGCUACGGACGUGUCAUUUAAUGUUGAAGUUAAUAGUAUACUGAAGACUUUGUCCAGAAGGGGCGAAUUCGCGGCGACUUAUUUCGCGCGAAUUCACUCACGCGUUAGCGAGAUACCAGACGCCAAUACAUCGCGUCUACAAGCAUCACGCGAAUUCAAAAUACGCGCGUAAAUCGCGUGCAUUUUACCAGAGUCUCGUCUUGUGAGAUAAUAGAGAAGCCUUGUUGCGUCCAGUUAACACUCGAACUCAAAGAGUAUAAUAAUAUAUAGGGAAAAGAGGGCCCUCUCUACUCAUUAUGAGCUGUCAAUUUGAAAACAAGCGCCAUCUGGAGAUUGCCCCCGAAAAUAACUAUAUAUAAGAUCGAAAUUAUAAAAUUCAUUUUUAAUGUUAAAACGCAAUUAAAUAACUAACUCUACUUUUUAAUGUAGGUAUUGCAAUUUUUUACCAUGUUGAAAUUGCGCGUAGAGUAAGUUAUCUAAUUUUGUCACAACAUAGAACAUAAAGGGUAGAUUUAGUAGUGUAAAUAUUCAAAAUGGUACACGAAGGCUACAUACAUGCGCAAACGCUAGAAGUAGCCGCCAUUUUAUGACCAGUGCACGGCAGGUACACAAAUAAAGAAAAGUUGAAAGGUUUCAAAGCCAGUGACAGCUCUCAAAGCUUUCCUUUUUGGGCCAACUAACAGAUGGCACUACAGUCUUCUGAAAACGUCACUUUAAGGCGUCUGUCCCACCCCUGCUCUAACUCCAGAGCGAGUGCACGUAUCGAGGGAAACAGACAUUGUGCUCACGCGUUGAUACGCACGAGAGGAUCGCGGCAAAUUCGCCCCUUCUGCACAAGCUCUAAUAUGUUACAGUGGUAAUGCAGGAUUACGCGAAUAAGCGAUUGUACUAUUCGCCGUCUAUUGUUAUAUUCUUGUAGUGUGCCAUUUGUAAAAUGCGAAAUAUUGGCACGGGCGUUUACUAUUGUAAUAAAUAAAACAAAGUUGAACA